UAGAGAAUUUAAAGAAAAUUUGAAAUUUGGUUGCAUUCAUAUGAUCAUUGCAUAGUCACAUUUGGAAUGCAUUUAUAAGUUAGUGUUUUUUUGACAUCUAAGAGGUGAGUAAUUGUUCGGUAGUUAAACCUAAGUGAGUGAGUUAUGAGCAUCAUAUAAACACUAUCUGAGAGCCAUCAUUAUUGUCUUUGUAGUUGAUAUUGAUUGAUUCUUUCAAUUUUUCUAUGAAACAUGGACAUGAUCAAGACAAUCAUUCUUUGAAAAUUUCUAAACCAAGGGCCAAAUAGCCAACCUUAAAUGUUAAAAUUUCAUUUGAACCGUAUUUGAGCCUUGUGAAAACUUAUUUUGUGAACCUAAAGCCUUGGAAAGAAAAACCAUGAUUCUCUCCUUCACCAAAGUAUAGAGAGCAUAAAUGAGAUUUGAUGAAACUUAGUUUGGGGAGGACAUGUCAAAGUUGAAAAGAAAGAAAAAGUUAGGAAAUUAAAGGAUGAUGAUGUGUUGGAAUUUCUUGUGUUAAAUGUAUUUGAAGUUUAUAUAAACAAAAGUCAAAGAAAAGAAACAAAUGUGAGGUGUGUAUUGUAUAAGUUUGUGUUUGUGUAUAAGCAAGAGAGAAUUUUCUCCUAUUCAGUUUGUGAUUGGGGUGGUUCUUUAAGGAAGAUAAUGGGAAAUUAGAUUAGCAAAGGAGUUGGAAUAGAGGAAAGAGAAUUGGGAAUGAAUUGGAGUUUAAAUAUCACUUAUGCUCUCCAAACCUUGGUGUUUUGAUUGUUUGUCUAGAAAAACCAAUAUUCCUUGUGAGCCUAGCCAAGCUACAAUCCUAUAAAGACCUUGUGAUCCAUGAUUGAUUCUUACAUUAUAGUGACAUGUGAGAGAUACUAAUCAGUGUUAGCUUCCAUUGAUGUAGUGUAUAAAUUGAGUGAAACACUCACCUUGAUGAGAGAGAUACAUUUUGGUAAGGAUCUUGCUUAAUUGGUUGCUUGACUGGACUGCUAAUUACCACUUGACCUUGUGUGGCCUUGCUAUUUUUGUGUUGUGGGCACCAAAUUGAAUGAAAGACAUGUUAUUGAUUUGCUUUUAGAUUCAUGUGAUAGAAAACAAUAAUUCUUCACUGGUAAUCAGCUUUGGAACACUAUGUGAACUAUGUCCAUGGACAAAAAAAAUCACAAUUGAGCUAAACCCCAUUGGUAGUAACUAUAGAAUGUAGUAAUUAGUAAAAAUAUUUUAAUCAAAUAAAAUUAUUUUAUUAUGAAAAUUAACAUAGUUAAAUUUUUAAGAUAUAUAUACGUUAUACAAAUAAAAGAAAAUGAAAUGAGGAAAGUAUUUAAUAUUAUUAAUGUCUAUGUGGCUUUUUACCCGAAAGACUUUGUUCAUGUGAUUCUCGUGACACGAUAAGCCAUAGCACUUAUCAUAUCUGAUGAGAUGAUUUUGUAGUGUACUUAUCUUGCUCACAACGCCGAUGAACAUAGUAUAUUAGUCGGCCCUAGUAGUCAUGUUUGCAUUCUUACAUAAAGGUGGUUCCUUUCCCAUUCAGAAAACCUUCAUAAAUCUUCCCUUAUUUUCUUCCUAGUUUCCCCCUCUUUUUCAGGUGAACUUCUGUUGAAUUCAUUUUUAUUUUUAUUUUUUAAAUGCUUAAAUUAACAAAGGAGAAUUUUCCUUUUUUUCUACUGGAAAUUUUCAAAACAUGAUGGAGGUGACUGCAGGGGAGAUACUAUUAUACCAUGAUUUGUGUCAUCUUUUAACUUUUAUUUUUCUGCUUCAAUUUUAAUUGUUAAUGACUCCAACCCUAUAUUUUUCAAUUUGGCCUUUCAAUAAAACAUUUUGGGAUCUAAUUGAUUCCUUUUUUGCUUUACCUUUUCUCGUGAUUGUCGAAUUUUUCCAUAAUCAAAAGCCUAGUCAAACAGACUGAGAUUUUGACGAAACAGAAUUGUUUCCAAGUUUUCUCUGUCCAAUUGGUCUAUCAUUUUAAUGAAAGCAAUAUGUUAGUAUUUGAUUUGGUACUAAUUGUGAUUUGAGUAGAAGUUUUGAUUUUUAUAGGAUUGUGAUGUAGGGUUGGUAAUUUGAAACAGACAGGUUUGUAAUGGAGAUGUCUACUCUGGAUAAAGACCUUCUUUUUUUAAUCUUACAAUUUCUCCAUGAGGAGGGUUUCAAGGAAACCGCACACAAGCUUGAGCGGGAAAGUGGCUUUUACUUUGACAUGAAUUAUUUCGAGGACAUGCUGCUUGCUGGGAACUGGGAUGAUGCUGAGAGGUAUUUUUCUGGAUUCACAAGGAUUGAUGACAACAUGCACUCGGCCAAAAUAUACUUUGAAAUCAGGAAACAAAAAUUUCUUGAGGAAUUGGACAUUGACAAUCGUGCCAAGGCUUUAGAUAUCCUCAUCAAGGAUCUAAAAGUUUUUUCCCCAGGGCAUGAAGAACUGUUCCAUGAAAUGACUCAGCUUUUGACAAUUAACAAUAUAAGGGAGCAUGCAUUACUUUCAACAUAUGGAGAGGCAAAUUUUGCGAGGAAUAUUGUGGUGGAUUAUAUUAAAAAAGUAAUUGAGGCAAAUCCUGUGUUCCAUGGAAAAUUGAAAUGUCCUACCAUUAAAAGUCAGAGGUUACAUGGUCUUAUGAACCAAAGUUUGAAUUGGCAGCAUCUACUUUGUAAAGAUCCACUUCUAGAUCCUGAUAUAAAAACCAUCUUCGUGGACCAUGUUUGCAAACUGGAUUUAAACCUUUCAUCUCUACAAUCAGAAGAAAGUGAUUCAAUUAAAAACACUGAUUUUGCUAAGCAUUUGUCAAACCGUAAUUCUGGCCCGUCUAUUAUAGCUAAUUCUGUACCCUUUCUUGCUGCACUUACAAAUCCAGAAACUACAACGGAGGAUCCUAGUGUAAUAUCACUCAAAGGAAGGCUUUAUCAGACUUCCAAUGAGGUGACAUCAACUGUAGCAAAUGUUCUUCCUGGAAAUGUUGCACAAAUAUUGAAAGACGAUUCACCUCCUAUUACCAUGGAUUUCCAUCCUGUUUGCCAUACAAUACUUCUAGUUGGAACAAAUAUUGGCAGUAUAGGACUUUGGGAUGUUAAAUCUGGUGAGAAAAUUUUCUCUAAAAAUUAUAGAAUAUGGGGUAGUGGAGCAAGCUCUGCCAAUUUCAAGGAAGCUCUAGAAAAGAACUCGUGUGUUUCAGUUAAGAAAAUCAAGUGGAGUCCUGACGGUACUCUAUUUGGGGUUGCAUUUUCAAAACAUUUUGUUCAAUUGUAUUCCUAUUGUGAUGGCAAUGACAUCAUUAGCCAACAUUUACAAAUUGAUGCUCAUGAUGGUAGCGUCAACGAUCUAGCAUUUUCUUGUCUUAAUAAGAAAUUGUUGGUCAUAACAUGUGGAGAUGACAAGACAAUAAAGGUUUGGGAUGCUGUUAAUGGUGUCAAAUGUCAUACUUUUGAAGGUCACGAUGCUCCAGUUUGUUCUAUUUGUCCUCAUGUGAAACAACAUGUUCAUUUUAUUUUUUCAACUUCAAUCAAUGGAAAGAUCAAGGCAUGGCUAUAUGAUUCUUUGGGAGCUAGAGUUGAUUUUGAUGCCCCUGGUCAUGGUUACACUACUUUGGCUUACAGUGUUGAUGAUCAAAGGCUUUUUUCUUGUGGAAGUGGUAAAGAUGGAGAGCCCUAUCUUGUGGAAUGGGAUGAAAGUGAAGGAUAUAUAAAAAGACAGUAUAAAGGACUUAAAAAACCAUGUUUUUCAACCAUCCAUUUUGAUUCAACUCAGAAAGGAUUUUUGGCUGCUGGUGAUGACCACAUGGUUAAAAUUUGGAAUAUGGACAGUAUUGAGCUCUGGACAAGCACUGGUGUUGGUGCUGAAUUACUGGAAAAUCCAUGUAUUUGCUUCAACAAGAAGGGCACAUUAUUGGCUGCUACUGCAAAAGAAAACAAAAUAAAAAUUUUAGCAAUUGAUGACAUUUUGCUGAAACGGAAUGAAAUUCAUGACCCCAGUAAUCUACAUGAAACUUUAAAGCUUACACAAAGCCCACUUUUGAUUGAUGCUAGUGCUGGAGUUGCAAAUGAAGGCAUUCCCAUGUUAAAGAAUGGGCACCAAAAAGGCUUGGAGGAGGAUGGGAAGUCUAAUUCAAUUGAAGAGUUCCACAACAAAUCAAAAUUUCCAAAUGUCUCAGAAAUUUGUGACCCAUCCCAUUGUCUGUUCUUGCAGCUUCCAAUUCAUCCUAAAAUAAGCAAGAUAGUUAGACUGUCUUACACCAAUGCGGGAAAUGGCAUUUUGGCAUUGGCAUCAAAUGGUGAUCAUCUACUUUGGAAAUGGCCUCAUAAUAACCUUAACUUGGAUGGCAAGGCAACUGCACAAGUUUCCCCUCACAUUUGGCAAUCAAGGACUGGCUUGCAAUUGAUGAGCAAUAAGCUUCCAAGUUCUUACAAUGAAGACAUAGUUUCCUCUUUUUCUUUAUCAAAGAAUGAUUCAUAUCUCAUGUCAACAUCCGGGGGGCCAAUCUCCUUGUUCAACAUGGUGACAUUUAAGACCGUGACGACUAUCAUGCCUCCACCACCUAUGGUAACCUGUCUCAGCUUCUACCCUCACGAUAAUAAUAUACUUGCUGUUGGUAUGGAUGAUUCCAGUAUAAUUAUAUAUUAUGUCCGAACAAACAAGAUUAAAAGCAAGCUUGAGGGCCACUCCAAAAGAGUUACUUCCCUUGCCUUCUCAAAUAGCUUUAAUCUUCUUGUAUCUGGUGAUACAAAUGCUCAGAUUUUUGUGUGGAAUACCAUUGGAUGGGAAAAACAUAAAGCUAGGUACUUGCUAAUACUUGAACCGAAGGUGCCAGAAGUACCAUCUGAAACUUACGUUGAGUUUCACCGGGAUCAGAGGCAAUUCCUUGUUGUACGUAGUAAUCAUCUUGCAAUUUAUGAACCAACAGAUCUGAGAUGUGUCGACCAGUGGGUUCCAAAAGUUCCAGUGGUUAUCUCCCAAGCAACUUUCUCAUCCGAUUGUCAGGCUGUGUAUGCUAGUUUUGGUGAUGGAACUGUGGCAAUAUUUGAUGCUCUAAAUUUUCAAAUGCGUUGUAGGAUUAAUCCCUCAGCUUACUUUUCUACAACUCCAAGAUCAAGCAUCUAUCCACUUGCCAUUGCUGCACAUCCAGAGAAGCCAAGCCAGUUUGCUGUGGGGCUCACAGAUGGAAGGGUUUUUGUGUUCGAGCCUCUGAAGCCAAAUGAUUGGAACGGGUUUAAUCCUCAUAAUAAGGAGGCAAUAAACACAAGGGUUGUGGGACCGAGCAGUAUCAGAGUUGAAAUGAGAUGAAAAUUAAAUGACUAAAGAAAAAGUAACCCGACACCUGGAAAAAAUAAUAAAAUUAUAUGAACUAUUUGUAAUAAGAGUGUUUCUUGUUACUCUUCAUUAUCUAUUGUUACUUUCGUUGAUUCAA